UUUGGAUGUAGGGCACUCGAGGAUCCGCAUCACUUGUUUGUUGAAUGCAAGAGAUACACAGAAUGGAGGGUCGAGACGAGUAAAGAGAUUGAAAAUCGUACGCGAAGAAAAUUAACAGAAAAGGGCUUCGAGGAGACAUCCCAAACAAGUCUCCUCAAAACAGCUAAGUCACUUUUUAUUAAUGAUAAAGAUAUAUGGCCUCUACAGUACUCCUUUUACUAUCUAGGUCACAUACCGAAGCUCGAUUCAUUACUGCCGUAUUCACCAACAAUGACACCUAUUGCAAGAGAACAACUACUUCACCAUCUGGCAGCAGACUGGCACACGCACAUUAUACGGCUAGCGGGA